AAAAAACCUCACCUAUUGAAAGAGAUUCAACAGGAAGACGGUCAAAAUGUCCAAGAUUACCGUCGCCGGUGUGCGUCAGAACGUUGCUGAGCUUCUCGACUACAGCAACAACACGAAGAAGCGCAACUUCCUGGAGACCGUCGAGCUCCAGAUCGGCCUGAAGAACUAUGACCCCCAGCGUGACAAGCGUUUCUCUGGCACUGUCAAGCUGCCCACCGUCCCCCGCCCGAACAUGAGCAUCUGCAUCCUGGGUGACCAGCAUGAUAUCGACCGUGCCAAGCACGGCGGUGUCGAUGCCAUGAGCGCCGACGACCUCAAGAAGCUCAACAAGAACAAAAAGCUUAUCAAGAAGUUGGCUCGCAAGUACGACGCCUUCGUCGCCUCCGAUACCCUGAUCAAGCAGAUCCCUCGUCUUCUUGGUCCUGGUCUGUCCAAGGCCGGCAAGUUCCCCACCCCGGUCUCGCACUCGGACGACCUGAGCGCCAAGAUCAACGAGGUCAAGUCGACCGUCAAGUUCCAGCUCAAGAAGGUUCUGUGCAUGGGUGUUGCUGUUGGCAACGUCGGCAUGACCCAGGAGCAGCUGAUUGCCAACAUCAUGUUGGCCAUCAACUACCUGGUGUCGCUGCUCAAGAAGGGCUGGCAGAACGUUGGUAGCCUGACAAUCAAGGCUACCAUGUCGCCUCCUAAGCGCAUCUACUAAGCGGAUUAAGGGGGUGAGAAAGGGGCUGGGGUCUUGGGCCGCACAGGGCACUAUUUUGGUUCGGUAGCAUACGUUAGUCAGACCUCGCGG